AUGGACGACUCCAUCUCCACGCCCGCCCAGCAAAAACGCCCGAGAGUGGCCGAAGAAAAUCGGAAGCGAGCUGUCCGAGCAUGCGACGGCUGCCGCCGGGUCAAAGAAAAAUGCGAGGGUGGCGUGCCCUGUCGGAGAUGCUCGCGCUAUAGUCGCCAAUGCACUUUCACACAUAUCGACCCCAGCGAAAAAGCGCGGUCAACCUCGGUUUCACUUUUGGACCGAGCCGCUGCGCUGAACCGCAAUGAGAUCGCGGAAGGUGAACGAGUGCGCCUGAUGGAACGACUACUCUCCCACUAUGUGCCAAACAUUACUUUCGAUAUCCAAUCGCUGCGCCAAGCUGCGGAAGAGCUGAAAAGCAAGCAUCGUGAUUCCGAAUCCGAUGCGAUCUCUACUAUGGAGGACCCCAAUGAGUUGGAGGAUCUUGCCAUUGAUGAUGAGCAUUUCACUAUUAAGGCGAUGCCGGAUAAUACAACCCAGUAUUCCGGUGAAUUUUCAUAUCUCAAUUUCACUAUGAAAAUUCGCAAAAAGAUCGAUGAGUGGAUGAAGACAGCGGCACCAGAUGCAACUUCCGAAGUUGAGCCCUUUGAAGAACGAUGGAGGAGUACGCAGCUUCAAUCUGCAUCUCCUGCAGUAUCAGCAUCGAUCACCUGUCUUCCACCCCGAUAUGUGGCCGACUUCCUGGUUCAGAUUUUCUUCAAAUACGCCCAAACCAACAACUUCUACAUUGAGGAAGAUUGGUUAAUUGAAAAACUGGGUAUAUGCUACACUGACCCUGACAGCUUGUCAUUUGAUGAUGCAGGUGCAGUGUGUUGUAUUCUUAUGGUACUCGCUGUUGGUACGCAAUUCGCUCAUAUGGAGUCUUCGACCCCCAUGAACCGCCUGCCUUCCGGCUCCACGGCAAAUCAGGACCAUCAUUUCUCGGAAGACGAGGUUGGCCUUACAUUUUAUCAAUUUGCCUCAAAGCUUUUGCCAGACAUUAUCGCUACUGCUUCAGUUCGCAGUGUACAAGCCUGUCUUCUUAUUGGAACUUAUCUACUUCCAUUAGACACAUCCGGCUUGUGCUACACUUACUUUGGCCUAGCACUGAAAUUAGCUAUCCAAAAUGGGAUGCACCGCAGAUAUCACGGCGAGGGACUCUCUCCACGCAUGAUUGAGGUCCGGAACCGUGUGUUUUGGACAGCAUUCACCAUUGAAAAGCGGAUCAGCAUUCUUCAUGGCAGACCUUCAUCAUUAUCAGAUCCCGACGUUGAUGGUCCCCUGCCAGUCGACUUCCCUGGGCUGAUGCCUGCCUCUCAAAUUUCCAACCACACUAAUAUGGUGGCUCUGAUUACAUUGACUUUGAAGCUUGGGCAGGUAUCACAUGAGAUCACUUCAUUGCGAACUUAUCGCAAAGAUCAACAGCACGAUUGUCUCGAGCGGCUUCUCAAUCUACGAAAGAACCUUGUGGACUGGUGGUCCACUUUGCCCGAAGAAAUUGUAUGCCGUGAUCUUAACCCGGGCGGACCUCUAUUUAGAUCCAACGUGCACCUCAAGUUGGACUACUGUCUAACAAGGGUAUUCAUUGGCCGUCCAUUCCUUUUCAGCAACAUCAAAGGCUUGUACCAGACUCCCUCUCAGACUACACCAUUCAAGGGGGCUUCUGGGUUGGCCAAGAAUCGCGCAACUCUCGUCACGGACUGCGUGGAGGCGGCUUUGGAGAUCAUCGAUCUAUGUCGGCUACUGCGCGAUGAAACAGGUCUCGCCAGAGCCUCAUUCACAGAGUUCAGCUCAUGUCGCGCGGCCUUGCUGGUCAUAUUAGCACAGGGUCUCACCAAACGAACUGAACGACUUGGUGCUGCUCUCGAGCAGGGCAUCUCUCUGAUCAAGAUCAUGUCCAUGGGCGUAGGGUCAGCUCGAUCAGCCGUCAGUGUAAUCGAAGCACUCGAACGCGCCAUUCGACGACUGGAAGCAUGGUCUGAAACCCAGCCCGAAAUGAGCAACGGAGGCGUUGUCGAAUCUGCAUAUGACAGAUUCAAAAAUUGGGAAAUGCUCUGGAAGGCCGGGCCCAUCUCACCAUCCACAUUGGCCUGGCAGCAACAGGAGGCAUUCUCUCAUGAACAGAAAAUGCCUUCCGGCCUUCCGCGUCACGCAUCUGCUGUCCCGGGCCCGGCCACUAUGAUCCCAGGCACUCCCAUGACUCCUCCUUCGGCGGCUAUGCUACAGACAAACGGGGCUAUACCGACCCCCGGUGGACCUGAUCAGGAACUUGCCGAGAGCGAUGUCCCAGGUAGUGCACUCUCGGACACAUUCCCCAUUUCUCAUCAAUCUCUUUCUCAUAUGCCACAUUUCGGUUUCGAUCAUUUUGUUUCAAACUUCCCGCAAGAGCUUGGGGAGUUCACUGCGAUUCCUAUCUUUGAAUCGGAUGCCCAGGGUCAGCCCAAUGGUAUGGGCGGUCCCGAAAUGAGGACGCCAGGCAGUGCGUCUGAUCCUCAUUGGCUCCAGUUCAUGAGGGAGUGA